UCAAGAAAGAAUAACAUGGGAAGCAGGGAGGAGAAACUUUCAACAAUGGCAACCAUAUUCAAUACUCUCUUUCUUCUCCCUCUAUUGUUUAUUUCAGGCUGUGCACAAAUUUGGAAGGAGCCAAAUGCCUAUAAAAUUUUCAACCAGAAACAUGUACUAGGUCCUCAUGAACUGUUUGGAGACCCCUUUGGGAACCCUUUUGAUUAUAAGAACAGCCGAAUUCCUGAUGAUUUUGGUACUCCUAUUCUGGUAGGUGAAAUUGUUGCUGCUCCUGGUAAGCCUAGCAAUGCUGACACCCCUUCGAAUUCUCCCGUUGACCUUGGAUAUAAAGGGGACUGGGAGCUUGUUUCUCAGAAUUCUGGUGUCUCUGCUAUGCAUGCAAUCUUGCUCCCUAAAACUGACAAAGUAUUAAUGUACGAUGCCACCAUUUGGAAGAUUUCUAAACUUCCUUUACCUAAUGAUGAAUGCCGUGUUCUUAACAAAACUACAGGUGAUAAGGAUUGUUGGUGCCAUUCAGUCUUAUUCGACAUCAAAACCUCAGAACUUACACCGCUCGAGCUCCAUACCGAUACAUGGUGCUCGUCAGGAGGUCUUGACGUUAAUGGGAACCUAGUGAGCACUGGUGGUUAUCAAGGUGGUGCGAAUACUGUUAGAUACCUGAGCACAUGCGUAGGCUGCAAUUGGAGAGAGUACCCAACAGCACUUGCUGAUCGCAGAUGGUACUCAACACAAGCAACAUUGCCAGAUGGUGGAUAUAUCGUUGUCGGCGGCCGUGAUGCUUUCAGCUACGAGUACAUUCCAGCAGAAGGAAAAUCCAAUGCUAAACCCUAUUUCUUUGACUUCCUUCGCCAAACUAGCGACCCGGAGGAGAACAACCUGUAUCCGUUUGUUUUCCUGUCCACUGAUGGCAAUGUCUUCAUCUUUGCUAAUAGUCGUUCCGUUCUGCUCAACCCAAAGUCCAACAAGAUCGUCCGCGAGUUCCCAGUACUCCCUGGUGGCCACCGCAAUUAUCCAGCCUCUGCCAUGUGCGCACUCCUUCCAAUAAAACUCCACGCCGAGAAUCAACAAGAGAUUCCUUCAGAAGUUUUGAUUUGUGGUGGUUCAGCACACAGAGAUGCGUACUCUAAAGCUGAGAAACAUAUAUUCUAUACUGCACUUCAAGAUUGCGCAAGAAUAAAAAUCACAGCUAAAGAUCCUGUUUGGAAGAGAGAACUCAUGCCAACACCUCGUAUUAUGGGUGAUAUGAUGAUUCUUCCAACUGGAGAUGUUCUUUUGUUGAAUGGUGCUAAAAGAGGAGCUUCAGGAUGGGGUUUUGCCAGAGAACCAAAUUUCACUCCAGUUUUAUACAACCCUAGAGCCAAAAGGGGACUAAGAUUUACUGAGCUAGCACCUUCAAAUAUUGCAAGAAUGUACCAUUCAUCCUCUGCAGUUCUACCAGAUGGGAAAGUUCUUGUAGGCGGCAGUAACACCAACAAUGGCUAUAUCUAUGAUGCAAUUUAUCCAACUGAGCUAAGAAUCGAGAAAUACUCUCCACCUUACUUGAAUGCUAAUCUUGCAGCUAAAAGACCAGAGAUUGUGGUAGUCCUCCCCGUGCUUAUCUAUGGCGGCGAAUUUAUGGUCCAAAUCAAGUUAAAGGGACUCAAAGUAGAGCAGCAAGAUCUGAAGGUGACAAUGUAUGCUCCUGCUUUUACUACUCAUGGAGUUUCAAUGAAUCAAAGGCUCAUCGACUUGGGACUGAAGAAGGUGGAGAGCAAUCCUUUACUAGGAUUACACAGCAUUGCAAGCGUGGCGCCACCAAGCAGCACCAUUGCUCCUCCCGGGUAUUAUAUGCUCUCCGUUGUUUACCAAGGUGUGCCUAGCGUUAGCAAGUGGGUGCAGAUCAAGUGAAGCUGAUUCCUGUGGAACCUUGAUUCUGUAUUUUUCUCUUUGUUAAAGUUUUUCGUAGGUUAUGCUAUUUGUGAUAGUAUGACGAGGGAUAAGAGCAGAGACAAAAAAAAGGCUAUAUUCCCUUGUUUGUUAAUCUUGGGAAUGGGAGCAAAGUUGCUUCUUUAUGGUAGGCCACCUGCUUCCCAUUUUAUGUAUUGAAUUAAAAUACAUUUAUGUAUCCUACCUCCUA